CUAAACCUCUAAAAAUAAGUAAAAAAAUGGAAGAAAUUUACACUAUCCACGGAACUACCACCUCCCCCCAAGAUUCCUCCUCCAAAAAUCCAGAAGAACCCAAGCAAUCUGUCAAAAUAGUCAAGACUAGAAAGCCAGUCCUAAGAUUGACCCCUGAUCGGCUGAUCGCCGACCAGAACGGGCUUCGUGCUCUGUACACUGAUAUUAAGUAUAGCUUGGAGGUUAAGGGGCCUGGACACGAGAUCACGGAUCUGAAGAGGCUCUUGAAUGUUUAUAGAGCCUGGCAUCAUAAGAUCAUGCCUAAGUAUACUUUCGGGUAUUUUGUCAAGCAAUUGAGGGUUUUAGGACAGAAAAUUGAGGUAGUUGAUAGCUUAGAGCAGUUUAGAAAUUUGCAUAAGGGGGUAUUACAGACUGAUACUUUUGAAGAGAAGAAAGGGGAAGUGGAAGAAAGGGAGAUAUUUGGUCAUCUUCAGGAGCCUGGAGAUGGGCAUCAACCUUCACAGCAAGAAGAUGGUGAUGAUUUACAGGAGUUCUUGGAAGAAGCCCAGCAGCAGGAACAAAGCCAAGAUAGUUCAUUAAAGGUUGAGAAACUGAAGGAGAGUUGCGAUUCAGACAAUGAUGAUAUUGACGAAAAUGAUUUAGAAGACAUUCUGAGCUUAUAA